AUGCGGUACCGAAACUGGGACGUCCUUUUGUUUCCUGCGGAAUCUAAGGUCCCUAUUCAGGAGUUCAAGACUCAGUGCUUCGUGACGAAAGACAAGCAUGCCCCCUUUUUGCAUGCCGUUCAUUUGGGCCCUAAUGUAUAUCAUGAGGGCGUUUUCAAUCAGCUACCGACACUGACGGCCUUCAUUCCGAGUCAACCCCCUGACAGCCCUUUUCAAGUCUCUGUACACAGCUGGGAGAUUCCACGUCCUAGCAUCCAGAUCGAAAACAAUAUGGGACCGGAAGACACUGUCCUUUUUGAGGCUCGUGUCUAUAUUGAUGGUGUCUUUUCUGCUGGCAAGAUUUACUCACAAAGAGUAGGUUGGCCGCAAAUCAUAGACUUGAGUAUUCAUUUCAAUCGAGAAGGCAAUCCGGACUCCCUCCACUUCCCGCAUUUUCACAGCGAAAUACUUCAACAGAGGACUUGGGAUGCAGGAGAUCACAAGGGCCGAAUUCGAGUUCUCAUUGCAGAAGGAUUUUCUCGUCCAAACCGCUCACCUCCUUUUGAACGCUACAGGGAUGUCCUUGCGUUUUCUUUCCAACAUGCCCCUAUACAUGCUCUUGAGCACUCCGAAAUCGCGUGGCCUAACCAUAAGAUGUGGUUGCCAGUGCCGAAUGUCCCACGUUAUAUGACGGCGAUAUCACCCUACGGGAUGUCAAAGGAAUAUGAUGACCAUGGUCACUCGCCGAGCAAGAUAAGACCUGAUUUUCAUGUCGCAACCAUUGCAGCCUAUCCAACCAGCCCGUCGAGCAGCAACACCGCCACUUUCAGUGGUAGUUCUUUAUCAGCCUACAAUGCCUGGGCCCCUCAUCGUGGCUUUCCCAUCCCUGCAACACAAUGGAAUUAUACUCAAGAGCCCCGAUGGGAGCCGCAGGAUGUAUACAUCAUGGAGGCCGGAAUGGAUUCCUUCGUUGAUGAUGCAGCAUGGCGCCAACGGGGUGCCCGACCCUCACGUGAAGAUGUUCCAAUGCCUGAUUAUGUCUCAAACUCGAGCAGCAGUCGUCCUGUUUCUAGUAUGACUGGGUUCAGCUUCGAGCACAGCAGACAACCCAGCAUCACUGCUUGCAUGGAUGAUGAACAGUACAAUCAGCUGAUUCAAUCUCUGACCCCCACCAAAGCUGCACCGACGGUUGGAACCAGAGCACCCUCUCAUACCCCUUCUGUUAUCAUGCCUCCCCCAAAGCCAUCGGCGGCUGCCGAGGCGCGGGUUGCAAGAUACGUCCGGUCUCGACGAACCUCAGGUUUUACGGAUGGCUCACAGCCUAGUCAGCCUGAUACUCGAGACGUCUCGGGAUCUAGCAUUAGUUUGUUGUCUCUAAACUCCGACAAGGAUGGCAAAACAAAUUCUGAAAAGAAGCACAGCAAGGAGUCCAAGAAGAAUCCAAAGCGACGGACUAGCAAGGAAGUUCUCAAGGUGGUCCAAGAUGACAACCAGAAGGAGGGUCAGAAGGAGAUUCGAAAAGAGACCGAGAAGGAAAUUCAGGAGGAGAUUCAGGUUGAAUGA